UCGAGCAGUUUCUCCGCUGCAGCAGCAGUUCGUUUUCGUCGUCGUAUUUUCGCAUUUGCAUCGCCUGAAAGUGGUUCCGGAUGGCAGUGAUAUUUUUGUGAAAAUUCCAACUUUAAUCCCAUUUUUCCGGUAGAAAGUGUUGCGGAAAACCGUGCACUCCCCCCGGGGGAAGAUAGUUACGAACAAAUAGUGCUGUGGUUUGGUGCAGGAAGCGAAAAAAAACUCGAGUGAAAAAAGUUCCUACGCUCAUCCGAUAGUGAGGAAGCAGAAAAAGGCCGAGCGCUACGAAAUUAUUGCCGUGCCGAAGAAAAAGAAAGGAGGACCCGAGAAACGAACAGAAGAGAGGAGGAAAAGAACUUAAACAACAACCAUGGACAGCCCGUGUGAAUCUGAAAGCUCUCUCGAUGGUGGAGCGAUGCUUCCACCGAGCCCGGUGUCGCGGGAGCAGCUACAGAAACGCAUCGAAAGUUUAACUCAACAGAACAAAGUGUUGAAAGUUGAAUUAGACACCUACAAAAUCCGUGUAAAGGUUAUCCAGGAAGAGAAUCGUGCACUGAGACAGGCUUCAGUCAUUAUUCAAGCAAAAGCCGAACAAGAGGAGGAAUACAUUUCAAACACACUAUUGAAGAAAAUCCAAGCCCUGAAAAAGGAGAAGGAAACACUAGCCCAUCAUUACGAGCGGGAAGAGGAAUGUCUUACCAACGAUUUGUCGCGUAAGCUAGACCAGUUGCGGCAAGAAAAAUGCAAACUGGAGCUUACCCUGGAGCAAGAACAGGAAUGCCUGGUCAAUAAGUUGAUGCGAAAGAUUGAAAAACUCGAAGCGGAAACAUCCGCCAAGCAAAAUCACCUGGAACAAUUGCGCCGAGAGAUGGUGGAACUGGAGAAUACACUUGAGCAAGAGCAGGAAGCAUUGGUCAAUAAGCUCUGGAAGCGAAUGGACAAGCUGGAAGCCGAGAAACGUUCGCUACAAAUCAAGCUAGAUCAGCCGGUAUCAGAUCCAACCAGUCCGAAAGAAAUCAACCACCGUAACGAGAACGGUAACGACACUGCCUCGCAGCUCACGGCUCAUAUUCAAAACUUGCGUUCGGAGGUGGAUCAACUGCGCAACAACUUGGCAGCGGCAGCAAAAGAAAGUCAGGAGAAAUCUCAGCACUUUGCUCAAGAGGAGAAAUGUAUUCGCGAUGAGAACAAGCGAUUACAACGAAAGCUACAGCAGGAAGUAGAACGUCGUGAAGCCCUAUCUCGUCAUCUUUCCGAGUCGGAAUCGUCUCUCGAGUUCGAAGAGGAGCGAUUGUUCAACGAAAAUGUGUCUGCAUUCGCUGCAGGUAGUAGCAGCCAUCGACCCAUCAGCCCCGGCGGAUUAACCCGUUGUCACGCAUGCGGUCAGCUGGUCAGUCGCCGAGCCAGCGAACGUUUCAUCAAACCAGCGAUUCCAAUCGGUUUGAACACUUCGGCACCAAAUAUGCUUCAUCACACUAGCGCCGGACCAGCGUCGUGUCAGGCAGGGGCUAGUGGCCACUUCCCGGUGAUUUCCUCCUCUGGUGCCGGAACAGGUGGCGGGGGAGGCAUGAGCUCACUCAACAGUAGCAUCUCUUCGUCAUCGACACAUAACACUAGCAGCAACAUUUCCUUUAGUGGAAACUCGUCCUUCGUACAGCCGGCCAGUCCAAUGGAUACCUCAAUGUGUAAGGACUAAAUAUGCCUCUCGAAUAUACGGGAAAGAGAGAGGUACAUAACGCGUUACACAUUAACAUAACUACGAUGAUACUAGAUAAACACACGAGAUGAAUCAUCUCCAAUGCGGCCAACAUGCUCGCAAACAUAAGUUUAAAGAGAUCGAGGAAUAACCAGCAUAAUUAUCUGGAAUGUGCGUGGAAUGCUCCUAUUGUUAUUGAUUUAUCAUUUUUAGUAUCCUAUUAUUUACCGAUUAGUCAACUACAUACAUAUAUAACAUAUACAAAAAAAUUUAGAACAGCUACCUACAUAACGUUCAUCGACUUGAGUGUGCCGAGUAUCGGAAGUAAAAUCGACGACACGAUUGGAGAUGAGCCAGGAUCUAUAUCCCUCAUCGGAAUGCGAAAUUUGCAGGUCUAUUCCCGGACGACGAAGGCGCGUAGGUUUGGUAGUGCUUGAACUGGUGUGAGAUCGUUCACACUUUUGCUGUAUUCAAGAGCGUGAAUUGUCCCAUUCAUUAGGAUUAGUGAUAUGUUUUGGUUAACCAAUAAUGUUUGGAAGUGAACUUUUUUUUUAUUAAAACAUCAGAUUCGGACAGGAAGGAAUGGAAGUUUUCUUUUAUUUUAGACAUUAUUCUUUGUACCAAGAUGGUCACCAAUGUAAGUGUAAGCGGUUUAUUUUUUAAGCGAGGUUCUCAAAAGGAUGCAAUCGAAGUUACGAAAAAACUAUUGAGAAAUGCAUUCUCUCCAUAGAGAGCAAGAAAGGACAAGAUUGGCAUUUAACUUUUUUGAAGAAGGUUGUUUUAAAUUGUAAAUUGAAGGUAUCCGUUAUGACAGUAGCGCAGAUUCUCAAGGGGCUUAGGCGGCAUCCACAAAUUACGUAACGCUCUAGGGGGAGGGGGGAGUAGGCUCAAGCGUUACGGCUCAUACAAAAAUUUUAAAUUUUUCAUACAAAAAGCGUUACGGAGGGGGGGAGGGGUUCAAAAAUUUCCAAUUUUAGCGUUACGUAAUAAAUUGACGCUGCCUUAUAUAUGAAUGAAGCCUUCCUUAACCAAGUGGUAACGUUCGCGGCUACGAAGCAAAGUCAUGUUGAAGGACUCGAUUCAAGGUCGGUUCAGACUCUUUUCGUAAUGAGAAUGUCCUUGACUUCUCUGGGUAUAAAUUAUCAUCGUGCCUAUCACACGUCUCGUUGCUAUCGUGUAUGCGAAAAUAUCAACUUGAGCAAAUAAAGCUAUCGAAGUGAACAUGAAAGUGCUCUUAGAACACUAAGCUGAGAAGCAAGUGCCGGUGGGGACGUAACGUCAAGAAAAUGAUGAAUUUCCGUGGAAGUUCCCAACAGAAGUUUUAAAUGAACCUCAUGAGAGGAAUCCUUGAAAAAAAUCCUAAGAAAAUCCCUGUAAACACUACGUAGAGACUGAUUGAAUGGAUUUCUGAAGGCACCCCCGGUGAAUUCUUUAGAGUAACUUCUGAAAAAAAAAUCCUUAGGGAAACGUGUAGUGUGUUAUCACCAAAGAGGAGGAAUCCCUGGAAAAAUCCUAGGAUGAAUUACUGGCACCUACUUGAAAGGGUUACUUUUGGAAAUCCCCUAAAAAGUCAUAGGUUUUAUAAAUCCCCUAAAAAUCAUAGAGGAAGGCUUUAUAAAUUCUUGGAGUAUCAAUUUAGAGGAACUGCAGAAACUCCUAAAGAAAUGCCAGGAAAAAAUCCUCAAGAAAUCUCUGGAUGAGUUUCUAGGGGUCUCCGAAAAACUCAAUGAACUGACGGAUGCCUGGAUAAUUCCCUAAAGUUAUUCCUGGAAAGAUUUCUAAAGACUUCUAAAUUUCAAGAUUAUUUCGCUGGAAAAGCUCUUGGUAGAAUCUCGGGAUAAGUUCCUGCAGGAAUGUCCUGGAUAAUUCCCUGAAGGAAUUCCUGGAAUAAUUCCCAAAGACUUCUAAACUUCAAUAUUGUUUCGCUGGAUUGUUUCGUUGGGGGGUCUUCCUUAGCCGAGUGUUUAGCGUCCGCGGCUACAAAGCAAAACCAUGCUGAUGGUGUCUGGGUUCGAUUCCCGGUCAGUCCAGGAUCUUUUCGUAAUGGAAAUUUCCUUGACUUCCCCUGGGCAUAUAGUACAUAUCAUCGUACCUGCCACACAAUAUACGAAUGCGAAAAUGACAACUUUGGCAAAGAAAGCUCUCAGUUAAUAACCUUUGAAGUGCUCAUAAGAACAUUAAGCUGAGAAGCAAGCCCUGUGCCAGUGAGGAUGUAAUGCCAAGAAGAAGAACGUUCAUACCGUUUCAAAAACUUUUCCUAAAUGAGCUAUUACGAAAGGUCCCACUUACUGCGGGAUACCUUUCUUGGUGAUUUUCGACUAUAUUAGUUAUUGUGUUGAAUUUUCUGGCAAACAAUCUGAAUAAAUUGACGAAACAAUCAUAUUCGCUCCAACGUUUCGAUCCCGAUUUGGAACUUCAUCAGGGGAUCUGUAUUUUAUUGACAGAUGUAGCAUAAAAUGGAAGUAUUUGUACAUUCAUAAGAAAAGGGAGGGAUUAAACACUUUAUAUAAAAAAUAACGUUCCUUUCGCUGAAAAUACCGAUAGUACGAACAUUUGAAACAUAAGCCGCUUUUCUCAAUAGGUGCCUACUUGGUAUUGAAAAUGUAUCCAAUGCAAAUCACAAUGCUCAAUGGUGGAAUCAUAAUUCUCCUAUGUAACAAAAUAGAUCAUUGAGAAAAUCACCUUCGAUGUGAAAAAAUGUGUUUUAAAAAUUACAUUUUUUUUAUUUUAAGCGAUUUUUAUUAUCCUUCAAUUUCUUUAACAAAGAGAAAAAUCCUGCUUCGUUUGAGAUUGAAAAAAAAAAUGCUCCAAUGUGAAAAAAUGACAAAAAAUGUUCAAAAUCUUUCAUUCCAACCCAACGCUCUCAGUUCAGAAAAUUUUGUAGACACCCGGUAUAGAAUAAAAAGACGUUGUCCUACGUCAAAAUGUUACAAGGCCCAAUGAGGCUUCCACCGGCAGUGUGAGUAUUCACUUUAAAAAUCCUUUCGAUAUGGGAUGGUUUUUUAUCAUCAUUAUAUUAUUAUCGUACUAAAACAUUAAUCGAACGGUGAAAUUACAUCUGAACUAUUAUUACCUACUAAUAGUUGAAUUUUAAAAUGUUGCUAGUUAUUGUAACCGUGAGAUGAAUCAUAGUGAAUAUCAAAUCUGCGUGAAGCGACGAAUGGAGCACAGAAAGGCACAUUUUUCAUAGGACGAAAACAGCACGAAAGCUUACAAACGACGCAGCCCGAAACAGGAAACUAGAAUUGAAACAGGAAAGUACUUAUGUAAGUCAUACCACACAUAAAUGCAACACGAAAAAAUACAACAUUUUUUAUUUUAUAAUAAAGUUUAAAAUAACAAACAAAAAACUCGCAAUCGCUUACAACAUAUUAAAAAAAAAGCCGUAGCGUAGAUCGUAUGGUGAACAACAUAGCAAAGUAAGCACAUAGGUAUUGCAAUCUAUCAUCAAAUGGUCACCUACGAGUGAGGAAAACACAAAACAGAAUUGUAGUCAUUUAACAACAGUCAAUAAAAUAGCAAGAAUGCUCAUUUCAAGUCAGUCCUAGAAAAGGAUUGCCAUCGCAGCAACGGAUUCAUAAUGUAGUUCAAUAGAUAGCAUACUUGUUGAUCAUACAGAAACAAUCAGAGUAACGCAAAGCUCCAUCCCUUCUGCAUAAAUUCAAGCAUUCAGUCGUUCACUAUUCAACUAGGAACAUAUGAACAAGUUUGAAAAGGCAAGGUUAUCGUUGUAAGAGAAACUUUUUCGAACGACAAAAAUAUAGUGUACACGAUUGUCGCGGAAGGAGUUUGAGAUUGUCAUGAAACUUAUGUAAAUACUUGUUACGGCGAGUUAUGUUUUCGGUCAAAAUUAAAUUUUCUGAUGUAUUUGUACAUGUCAGAAUGCUGAAAAUUACAUGUGAUCGUUAAAAAUUUCAGCUCUUUUGACUCAGUUUCAUGGAAACCGGCAUUCUUUUGUUAAAUUUACAACAAUAAAUGGCUAGUUUCCUCAACAGUCAAAUUCGCAGUUUAGACUUUAAAAAAUGUCAUGCGGAGGUUUCUGCGAAAGUUGGAAACCAACCGAAAUCAUUCAAUCAUGCAACUCGAUGUAAGCCACAUAAGAAUCCAUAAGUACACGUUUAAAAGAAAAACUUCGGGCCUUCUCCAACAAAAUGUUCUGCUGUUUCUACAAGCAAGCAACGUGUUUCGUCCGUCAGCAAAAAUGCUUUAUAAUUAUUACUCUGAAAGCAACUUUUAUUUUAUUUUAUUUUACUAUACAGGAUCAUUGAUUAAUAAAUUAUCGUAAUAAACGUUA